CAGAUGCUGCAGCUCUCGCGCACAGCGCCUUUCUGCCUCCAGUGCGCCUGCGUGCUGAGACGCACACCGAGCGGCCGCAGGAGACACUGGGGGGAUACCCGGGCUGCGUGGGCUCCACGGUACCAGUAACGGCACCAGUAACGGGCCCGGUGACGGUGACGCGAUGUGAUGCGAUGCGGCGCGGGAUCACGGUAACGUAAGAGCAGCAGCAGCGGAGGAAGAGGAGCGGGAGGAGAGGAAGAGGAGGACGGACGGACGGUCGAGGCUCAGCCGAGCAGGAUGCAGCACUGACGGCCCCGAUCGGUACCGGGAGGAGAGGAACAUAUCCCACCGUGCACCGGAGCCCGCCGCUGGUACCGGCCCGAUCUGAUGUGAGGCUGCGGGGAUGAACGGGUAGGCAGGGAGGAGGCGAGAGGAGCGGAGCGACCGACGGCACAUAACGGAGGAGAGAGGAGGAGGAGGAGGAGGAUGAAUCCGGCCGAAGGAGGAGGAGAAGCGGGCCAGGACGGCCUGGCGACGGCAGGUUCUGGUAAAGCAGAGACUGUCCGGGCGGUGGAUGUCCUGACGGUUCUCAGAGAGAAAGUGGCCUUCGUUUCGGGUGGGAGAGACAAGCGCGGCGGACCAAUUCUGACCUUCCCAGCAAGGACCAAUCACGAUCGAAUAAAACAGGAAGAUCUCAGCCGACUGGUAACCUUCCUGUCAACGGUACCCAGUGAGGAUGUGCGUGCUCGUGGCUUCACCGUUGUGGUGGACAUGCGCGGCAGCAAGUGGGACAGCGUGAAGCCAGUGCUGAGGACGCUGCAGGAGUCCUUUUCCACCAACAUCCACACGGCGCUGCUCAUCAAACCGGACACCUUCUGGCAAAAACACAAGACCAACCUGGGCAGUGCCAAGUUUAGCUUUGAGACCAGCCUGGUGUCCGUGGAAGGUCUUUCCCGGCUCAUCGAUCCCUCCCAGCUCACGGCGGACCUCGGCGGAUCGUUGGAGUACGACCAUGUGGAGUGGACGGAGCUUCGUCUGGGUCUCGAGGAGUUCUCAGGGGCGGCGAUGCAACUGCUGGCUCAGCUGGAGCAGCUGGAGGCCGGGUUGAGCCGCAUACCAGAGCCUAAAGACGUGGACGAAGCCCGCAAACUUCUAGAGGAGCAUAAUCGUCUGCGUAACACAAUUGCCACGGCACCAGUGGACUCCCUGGACAGAGAAGGGAAGAGCUUGCUUCAGCGUAUGCGCCUGGGCCCCUCACACGGUGAUGGCUCCACUGAGGGUGGGGGAGGCGGCGGCGGUGGCGGCACCUGGCUGUCGGGGGGUGCCGACUUUCAGAGCGUGGCCCCGAAGGUUUCCUCUCUGCUGGACCGGCUGCAGGCAAGUCGCACCCACCUGCUCCAGAGCUGGAGCGACAAGAAGCUGCACUUGGACCAGGGCUUGCAGCUGCACCUGUUUGAGCAGGACGCCACCAAGAGCUGCCGUCUGACCCGCCUCUGUCGCUGCUGCCUGUCCUUGUCUCAGAUGUCGGAGUGGAUCGCCCACAGUAAAGAGUUGUUCAUGCAGAGCGUGACGGAGGUCGGUCAAAACCACCAGCACGCCGUCGACCUGCAAACGCAACACCAGCACUUCACCGCCAACUGCAUGAACGGCAGCGUAAACGUGGACAGCGUGGUCACCGUCGCCGCAAGACUCGCGGAGGCCGGUCACUACGGGGCGGAGCGGAUCGCCAUGGUGUCGUCACAGCUGCAGGAAGACUGGAAGUCGCUGACGGCCACCCUGGAGGAGCGCAGCAACACGCUUGCCAUGGCAACCGGUUUCCACCAAGGGGCGGAGCAGUUUCUUCUCCGGGUGGAGGGAUGGGUUAAAACCUGCUCAGAAGGAGUCUUGCCGACUGCAACAGCAGAGCUGGAAGCUGCAACUAAAAAACACCAGGAGCUCAACGAGGAGAUAUCCGCCAACUACACGCAGGUCAGCGAAAGCGGCAAAGCCUUGAUGGAGGUGCUCCAGCGUAACGCCACGAGUGAGUCCGACGAGUCGGCGGCCAAGCCCGACUUCACCGCCGCCACGCACACCAUCAUGGGAGUUCUGCACCAGGUGAUGCAGGGUCACCAUGAGGUGGAGGGAGCCUGGCAACACAGGAAGCUGCGCCUCCACCAGCGCCUGCAGCUCUGCGUGUUUCAGCAAGAUGUUAAACAGUACAUCCAUCGAAACAGUGUGACCAUGGCCAACAUCUCUGGACACAAUGUUACGGUCUCUGCAGUGACGGGGGUCACUGAAGUCACUGGGCACUCCAGAGUGCCAGAGCAGCAAGUCAAAGGUAUCCUCAGCGAGCUGCUCCAGAGAGAAAAUAGAGUUCUGCAUUUCUGGACCCUGAAGAAACGCAGACUGGAUCAGUGCCAGCAGUACCUGAUGUUCCAAAAUCACGCCCAGCAGGCUCUUGAAUGGCUGCAGCAGUCAGGUGACCACUACCUGGCCACGCAUACGUCACCUGGAGCAACGGUGGCUGAAACGCAGGAGCUGCUCAACCAACACAGAGAGUUCUGCAUUUCUGCAAAGCAUACACAGGAAAAGGUUCACCUGCUGAUUCAGCUGGCUGAGAGCAUGCUGGCUAAAGGCCACACCCACCGUACCGAGCUACGUCGCUGUGUUUCUGCGGUGGACAAGCGUUACCGGGAUUUCACCGUCAGGAUGGGACAGUACCGCCACCUGCUGGAGGCCGCACUCGGUAGCAGCUCUCAGGAUAAUAAGGAUUUGGAGCUGGAGCUAAUCCCCAACAGUUUAUCUGACUCGGACCCUGAGGUCAACCUGUCGGACCCGAGUCACCAGGUCAGCGACGAGAAGAGACGCUCCGCUCGCAAAAAGGAGUACAUCAUGGCCGAGCUCCUUCAGACAGAGAGGGUCUAUGUCAGGGAUCUGCAGGAGUGCAUAGAGACGUACCUCUGGGAGAUGACCAGUGGCUCGGAGGACAUCCCACCUGGUCUCACCAACAAGGAAGACGUUGUGUUCGGAAACAUCCAGGACAUCUACGAGUUCCACAACAGUAUUUUCUUAAAGGAACUGGAGAACUACGAACAGCUGCCAGAAGAUGUGGGACACUGCUUCGUUACCUGGGCUGAUAAAUUCCACAUGUACGUGACGUACUGCAGGAACAAACCCGACUCAAGUUUACUGAUCCAACAACACGGAGUUGGCUUCUUCGAGGAGGUCCAGAGGAGACACGGUCUGGCAAACUCAAUCUCCUCGGCUCUAAUUAAGCCAGUGCAGAGGAUCACCAAGUACCAGCUGCUGCUGAAGGAAUUGUUGGCUUGCUGUGAAGAAGGUAAAGGCGAGAUCAAAGAAGGCCUAGACGUGAUGCUGAGCGUCCCAAAGAGAGCAAAUGAUGCUAUGCAUGUUAGCAUGUUGGAAGGUCUGGAGGAGGGUUUGGAGGUGCAGGGCGAGCUUCUUCUACAGGACACCUUUCUGGUCUGGGAGCCCAAAUCCCUGAUCCGAAAGGGUCGGGACCGACACCUGUUUCUGUUUGAGUUGUCCCUCAUCUUUAGUAAGGAGAUCAAAGAUUCAUCUGGACGCACCAAAUAUCUCUACAAGAGCAGGCUGAGGACCUCAGAGCUGGGGGUAACCGAGCACAUUGAGGGGGAUCCAUGUAAGUUUGCGCUGUGGGUUGGACGAACGCCAACGUCUGACAACAAGACGGUGCUCAAGGCAUCAUCAUUGGAGCUGAAGCAGGAGUGGGUUCGUAGCAUCAGACAGGUGAUCCAGGAGAGGCGGGGUCACCUGCGGGGGGCACUGAGGGAGCCCAUCCCCCUACCUAAAACUCCCAACCCCACUCUGGGACGGCAGCGCAGCAUCACCCGCAGGGAAACAAGCGAAGACGCAGACAGUCUGGGUGAUGCCAGCAGUCAGCCUGACACCGUCUCCAUCGCCUCCCGAACGUCGCAGAACACCGCCGACAGCGACAAGCUGUCAGGAGGCUGCGAGUUAGUGGUGGUGCUGCUGGACUUCGCCUCCGGGGGCCCCGGAGAACUCAGCGUCCGCUGCGGUCAGACGGUGGAGCUGGUGGAGCGCUCGGCGGAUCGGCCCGGGUGGUGUCUGGCCAGAACCACGGACCAGACGCCUCAGCAGGAGGGUUUGCUGCCGAUGAGCGCUCUCUGCCUGUCGCACUCCCACAGUGCAGCCGACAUGGACGGGCUCGUUCCGGCCUCCACCACGUCCUCCAGCUCCUCCUCCAACAGCGCCACUACCACCUCCUCUGUCUGCAACUCCUCCUCCUCCACCACCACCACCACCGCCGCCGCUCCAUCCUCCAACUCCUCUGCUGUGAGCACUGGGAGGGAAUCCAGUCUGUACGGCUCUGACGGUUCAGGACUUCAGAUUCAAACCAACAGCCAAAGUGCCACUUCUCCUACUGUAUAUGGGGUCAGUGGACCUCCAGGGGGCGCUGUGGGAUCUCCAGGUCCAAAGCGCACUGGUUCUGGAACUGGAAACACUCUGAAGCGCUGGCUGACGAGCCCAGUCCGAAGACUCAGUCAAGGAAAAGCCGACGGACAGAAAAAGCCUCCGAUCAGAACCAGGAGGCGGGACAACAGGACGGACGUAACCGCACCCCUCACAGGGAACGCACAGUCGAAGGCGAAGAAGGAAGAGGGUGGGCAAAGUGGAGGGGAGGAGGAGCCUGAGGAGGAAAGCCACACCCCUCUGCCACCUCCUAUGCAAAUCAUCAAAGACCCCAAUAACCCUGAGGCUAUGGAUUCAGACCAGGGAUCCAACGAGUCGGACACCGAACAGAGAAAUAAAGCCCUGAGAGGACGAAUGUUUGUUGUUAACGAGAUGAUCCAAUCAGAGAAGGACUAUGUGAAGGACCUGGCCGUGAUUGUUGAGGGCUUCAUGUCCAGGCUGGAGGUCAGAGGCAUUCCAGAAGACAUGAGAGGCAAAGACAAGAUCGUCUUCGGCAACAUCCAGCAGAUCUACGACUGGCACCGCGACUUCUUCUUGGUGGAGUUGGAGCGCUGCGUCCAGAACCACGAUCUGUUGGCCGACCUCUUCAUUAGACAUGAGCGUCGGCUGCAUAUGUACAUAGUUUACUGUCAGAACAAGCCGAGGUCAGAGUUCAUUGUAAUAGAGUACGAGACCUUCUUUGAGGAGAUCCAGCAUGAGAUCAGCUGUAGGAUGUCCAUCAGUGAUUAUCUGAUCAAACCCAUUCAGAGAAUCACAAAGUACCAGCUGCUGCUAAAGGAUUUUCUGAAGUAUACAACCAAAGCCGGUCUGGACUGUGAAGAGAUUGAGAAAGCAGUGGAGCUAAUGUCGCUGGUUCCCAAACGCUGUAACGACAUGAUGAACCUGGGACGCCUGCAGGGAUAUGAGGGGAAGUUGACGUCUCAGGGGAAGCUGCUGCAGCAGGAAACCUUCUGUGUCUGGGAGCAGGAUGGAGGAGUUUUAUCCCGCAGCAAAGAGCGCAGAGUUUUCCUGUUCGAGCAAGUCGUCAUCUUCAGUGAACUGCUGCGAAAAGGCUCCAGCAACCCCGGGUACCAGUUCAAAAACAGCAUAAAGGUUAGUUACCUGGCCAUGCAGGACAGCGUGGAUGGAGAUCCCUGCAAGUUUGUGUUGUGGUCGCGUGGAUCAGCAGAACGCUUCACGCUGCAGGCCUCCUCCGCCAGCAUCAAGAUGACCUGGGUGGAGACCAUCGCCGCCCUGCUGGACGCCCAGAACAACUUCCUGUCAGCUCUCCAAUCACCUAUCGAGUACCAGAGAAAAGAGGGCGGGAUCUCUGUGACUCGCCCGCUGUCGUCAGGGCGACCCCCAUCGGCUCCGCCCACUCCUAAUGGCCACGCCGCUCAGCCUCCUGCCGACAGCGAGCAAGAUGACCAGGAGCUGGUUCUGGUGCUGCAGGACUUUGUGGCGGUUCGGGAAGACGAGAUCUCAGUAUUUCGAGGAGAGAAAGUCCAAAUUCUGUCGUCCAACCAGCAGGGCCAGAGUCUGGUUUAUCGGCCGGCCAACAGCGAAUCCCCUGCUGCGGAGGGAUGGGUGCCACGGAGUGUGCUCAAAACCCACUGACACGCAUAAAAACGCGCGCUGACUGUGAGGUCAGAGUCUGGUUUACGAUUUCCACACACACACCUGAGCACCAGCAGGGUCAACGGGGUGAGCGGGGGUCAAAUGGGUCAGCGGGGUCAUCUGGGUGAACGGCUCCAAGGGAAACUCAGCGAGAAGCCUGAAGACGGUGAUGUCCACCUGCUGUCCACAAGCUUCUGACCCUUAUUUAAAAGUUUAUUUUUUUUUUGUACUUCAGGUUAAAAGACAGAAAGGUAAUGCAAUUAUUAGUUUAGUUUUUCUCAUAUGUGCCUUAGUUGUUUCUUUACUAGGAUUAAUUUAACGUUGAGGAGAAAACAGGAUUUGUUUUUUUCUUCUAUUUUAAAGUUAGCGAACAUGUGAUUUUUAUAUGCAGUCAGUGUGUCUGGUUAGACAUUUGUGGCCUAAAGUUAUCGAGUUAUGUGUGCCGCGUCGAUAGUGCAGGAAUUCAUUUACGUUGAUGUGAAUUCGAAAUAGGUUUUUAUGCUAAAAAAAUAAUAUACAGCUCGGUUGAAUACUAUUUUGGUCAGUUAUAGAAAAUAAUAAUAAAAAAAAACACUGUUAUGGAUUCCAAUUCGCUCACUGAUGUUAUUGGAUCCCAACCAUAUAUAUUCUAUAUGUCAUGGUAAUACUUAAAUGAAAAAUAUGAGUUAUUGUUUACUAACUUCCAAGCAACUUAUUUUAUCAGAUGUUUUACUCAAGAUAUCCGACAUUUGGCCCCAAAACAUGUAAAGAAACGGCUGUAAAACUCACAGCCGAAUUAAAAAGGUGUCAAUCAAAAGAAGAUAAAUUAACAUCUACCGUCAAGAAUUAUUAUUUCGUUUUUUCGAAUAGACGUUCCGAAAGCAAAUUUGCGUCCUUCCAGACCCUGCAUGGGCUGCCAGACCCUUACGGGGUUUUAAACUAUUGAUGGAAGAUUCUCGAUCAGUUUGUUGAUACAAACGAGGGAAAUCUGAUGAAUUUUGAUCAGCGGCAGACUUGCUGCCGCAUUACUGCAGGAACAGACAUUAAAAAUGUAUUUCAAGCAUCACCAAUUUAUUGUGCUUGAGCCUGUUUGGAAGAUUCGCCUCCAGAUGCAGACAGAAAGCUCUAUUUGAUCCGAUCUGCUCAGCCUGGUCAAUGCGUUUAACCAGUUACUGCAGAUAAAUUGGAUCCGUACGGGUUUUGUUUGAAUUUACUGCUAUUAUUCAAAAGAAAGAGGACAAAAUAUGCAAAAAAAUCAGCAUUGAUAUUCGUUUAUCUCGUUAUAUUUAUUCAAAGAGAGCUUCACUUUAAGUGUUCAGCGCCGACAUCACCGUCCUUCAGGCUUCACCGUCUCCGCUGUGAGACUAGGUGAACGUUCCCAAACACUGACAUCCACUCCCAGCAGCAGGUGCUCCUAGCCUCUCGCCUCCCUCCUGGUGCUUCAAACCUCAGCAAAAACCCCUCAUAUCGUCCAAUCAGAUGCUGCCGUCGACCUCGGCGCAACCAAUCACCCUUCCUCUCUGGGAUGACUUCACAAACUGGUUCCAGUGGGUCGGUGGGCUCAUCGGCGCAGACACACCGGUCCCGGCUCGGCGGGGGCUGCAGGAUGCUGCCGUUGCCUGGCAACCGGAGACAGUAUUUAAGAAGAA